UUGGACAAGAGGCGACGCCAGUUACCCGAGGCCUACCACUCUCCUUUUGUCAGAUCCCAUCACCACACCAGCAUCAUCGAGCAGCAUCGUUUCAUCUCUUCAAGCCCCACGCAGCAACUGGAUUCCAAGCACCGGCGCUCAUCUCUCACAGAUUCCCUGCUUGAGAGCAUUGCAGCGUACACUUUUGUCAUUCCCACCCGAGCAGCCACCAUCACGUAAACAGUUGCUGCUCCUCGCGACAUUUCGGCGGGAAUAGCACGCAUCGCUGAUCGGUCCGGGCACAACAGUUCCGGAGGCCGAGGUGCUUGUUCGUAAGCUCCUUCACCAUGGUGCUCGUGCACCUUCCAAACCCCCAUACCUCGCUCCCCUCCUCGGCCAAGGACUACUCUCAUGCAUACCACCACAUCCUCAGGUCCGCACGGAGACAGUCCGCAAUGGGCUCUGCUGCUGCAGGAGCGGUGUUGAUCCUGGUGGCCACGGACGUAGAUGCGAUCUGUGCGGCUAGAGCUCUGGCGAGGCUCUUGACCGAGGACGAGAUCAUGUAUAGGAUCGCGCCAGUAGACGGUUUCAAGAGGAUGCAACGGAUAUUGGCAGAGGAUGUUGCGGGGAAUGAGGAUCUACACACCCUUGUUCUCUUGAACCUUGGAUCCCUCCUCUCCCUGCCGUCCUACUUUGGACCUGAUGCUCUGCCCCUAACCAACGCCACACAUAUCCAUCUGAUAGACUCACAUCGGCCCUGGAAUCUGGACAACCUCUUCGCUACAAACGAAAUCAUGGACCGAAUCUGGGUCUGGGACGAUGGAGACAUCGUCGCCAAGAUGCAAAAAGAGAGGGAGGCUUAUGAGACCCUCGAAUUUGACGUCGAUAGUGACGAGGACGACGAAUCUGACUCGGAGAGCGAAAGUGAGGAGGAUGAGGAGAGUGAACAUGAAGAUGAGAGCGAGGCAGACUCUGCCGGAGAAGGGUCUUCGAGCGGCCUCGGAAGGAAAAGGAAGCAGAGACGAGGCAGCAGUGUAGGCAGUCAAGAGGACGAGGAGGGGGAAGGACAUGCGGGUCGCUCUCGUCGGCGCAAGAAGGCUCGCAAGUCACCUGUCAAGCGGGUGAGCAGGGAACAAAGAGACGUCUAUCGAGCCAUUCUCACGCGUUAUUAUCAUCGCGGUACCGGUCUCGGUAUGAGCGUGGCGGGCAUGAUCUUCACCUUGGCCGAAGCUCUAGGCCGGGCUGAGAACGAAGGUCUCUGGCUCGCCAUUCUGGGCCUCACACACCAGUACAUCUCGAAUGCGGUCCCGUACUACCUGUACAAGCAGCACGCCUCCUCGCUAGGCUCGGAUGUGUUAGCCCUCAACCCGCCUCCACCGACGACAAAUGGGCACACUGUAGCUGCUGCGCCCACUGAUCACCUCCCCAAACCAGCAACAGCAGACGAUGGUAGGAUACGAGUGGUGAAAGAGGAGCUGCGGUUCACUCUGUAUCGGCACUGGAGUCUGGAAAGCGCAAUGUACCACACGCCCUACGUUGCUGGCAAGCUUGGAGUCUGGAGAGAGAAGGGCCUGAUCAAGAUUCGAGGCCUGUUGGCCAAGAUGGGAUUUUCCCUAAUACACUCCAGACAACACUACAACAACAUGCCUCUCGACUUGCGGAAUUCCCUCAUCAGCCGUCUCGACAGUAUUGCGCCUGAGUAUGGUUUGACUGAGCUGGUCUUCCAAUCCUUCAUCCGCUCCUUUGGCUAUCGCUCGAACCCACUCUCGGCAAUGGAUACAGUAGAAGGUCUCAACGCUCUUCUGACCGCUGCGACUGGAAUCAAGAUCGAAGUACAAGACGAAGCUUUGACCUUCAGCGGUGCAGCUCCCGGCAACUCAAGCAUCGGAAUGGAUAGUAGAGGAGCCUAUGGGGGUCAAGGCACACCAGUCAGCUCUGAGCUCUUUGGCGCAAAGCGAUUGUGGAGCAUCGGUGGAGGUGGUGCCGACAGCCGGUCGGGGGAUGAUAAAGAGAACAAUGCGCCUCCUCGUAACGGCGCAACUGGCACAGAGGGUGAGGGAGAAGAUGCGGAGGGUGAGCAGCUCGGCGAGUCCGACGCAUACCCGUCCAAACAACAAGCUGCUUGGGUGAGAAACUUCUUUGCCACAUAUGAAGCACUGGAUACCAAAAAGUCCGGCAACCUGUCCCUCCUCAAUUCCUCACUCAGUCUGGCCCGCUCGCUACAUUCAGCGAUCUUGAGUGUUGGUACAUCGCUCAUCGACAAGCAGUCCAUCCGGUCAAUGAAGUCCUUCCGUCUCGCAAUUCUACGCGACGGACCUCACCUCGACCUCUUCGCUGCGCAGCCCUCUAUGCUCACCAGGCUCGGGCUCUGGUUGACCGAUGCGCUGAGAGACAUUGUCAAUGAACAAGACCGAAGGAAGAUCGAGGCGAAAAAGCUGCGCAAGGAAAAGGCGAGGCUGAAGAGGAAGAAUGUGGACGAUGAGGGCGAUGCGGAGGAUACGGCCGAGGCCCUCGCGGCUAGAUCGCUACCAUUCGUGCUGUGUGCCCUGAACCAGACUACGGGCACCUACCUGGUUGUUGGACUGGUGGGAUCGAACGAGUAUGGAGACACCGAGCGCAAUCGCUUCGGACUGGCAUUCCAAGAUGCUAUCAAAAAGUCCGGUGCGAGGAGUCGCUACGAAGGUUGGUUCGACACCGGAAUCGUCGAGAUUCGACAAGAAGACCUGGGGGGAUUCGUCGAGAGGCUGCACCUCAAGAGCUGAACGAGGAAGGUUGCUGUUCAGCAUUGCAUAUAUUCAUCGAUUCCCCGCUACUCAUCUGCAUCACUUGUACACACAUGUCUCUUGUACCAAAUUCGUCUUUUGCCUGA